UGCGCCCCCUGGUGGACAUGCGCAAAUGAGCGCGGUGUGACACACGUGUGGAGGAAGUGCAGGGACAUCAGAGAAACAGCUGCCUCCUCCUCUCUGUCCCUGUCUCUGUCUCUGUCCACAACCUAGGACCCUCGGACCUUUCUUCCUCCUCUGCGGACAUGUCGUGGCUGUUCGGCCUGAACCGGGGGCAGCCCGAAGCUCCGGCUCAGCCUCCUCCUCCUCCGCCGCCGGCCGGAGGCUCCAGCGGCGGAGGAGACAAACCCAAGGACAAAUGGAGCAACUUCGAUCCCACCGGGCUGGAGCGAGCUGCACAAGCGGCCAAGGAGCUCGACAAGUCCCGACACGCCAAAGAAGCUCUCGAGUUGGCUCGUAUGCAGGAGCAGAGCACCCAGAUGGAACACCAGAGCAAAAUGAAGGAGUACGAAGCAGCGGUCGAGCAGCUCAAAGGCGAACAGAUACGAGUCCAGGCUGAGGAGAGGAGGAAAACUCUGAAUGAGGAGACCAAGCAGCAUCAAGCGAGAGCGCAGUACCAAGAUAAACUGGCCAGACAGAGAUAUGAGGAACAACUCAGGCAACAGCAAAUUCUGAAUGAGGAGAACCUCCGCAAGCAGGAGGAGUCUGUACAUAAACAGGAGGCCAUGAGGAAAGCGACGAUCGAGCACGAGAUGGAGCUGAGGCACAAGAACGAGCUCCUGCGUAUAGAGGCCGAGUCCAAAGCUCGAGCCCGCGUGGAGAGAGAGAACGCUGAUAUAAUUCGCGAGCAGAUCCGUCUGAAGGCUGCAGAACACAGACAGACUGUGCUGGAGUCCAUCAAAACCGCUGGUGCUGUGUUUGGAGAAGGAUUCAGAGCCUUUAUUUCAGACGGGGACAAAGUCAUAGCCACGGUGGCAGGAUUGACCCUUUUAGCUGUUGGCGUGUAUUCAGCCCGAAACGCGACAGGGGUGGCAGGACGUUACAUCGAGGCGAGGCUUGGGAAGCCUUCGCUGGUGCGAGAGACGUCCCGAUUAACUGUGGGAGAAGCAAUCAAGCAUCCAGUCAAGACGACUAAACGACUGAGGAGCAAACCUCAGGAUGCACUUGAAGGAGUCGUGCUCAGUCCUUCCCUUGAAGAGCGCGUGCGUGACAUCGCCAUAGCAACAAGAAACACAAGACAGAAUAACGGCCUUUACAGGAACAUCCUCAUGUACGGCCCGCCAGGCACUGGCAAAACACUGUUUGCUAAGAAGCUGGCAAUGCAUUCUGGGAUGGACUAUGCAAUUAUGACUGGUGGCGAUGUUGCACCCAUGGGUCGUGAUGGUGUGACCGCCAUGCAUAAAGUCUUUGACUGGGCAAACACAAGUCGACGAGGGCUGCUGCUGUUUGUUGAUGAAGCUGAUGCCUUCCUACGCAAGAGAUCCACAGAGAAGAUCAGUGAGGACCUCAGAGCCACUUUGAAUGCGUUCUUGUAUCGCACUGGAGAACAGAGCAACAAGUUCAUGCUGGUGUUGGCCAGUAACCAGCCAGAGCAGUUUGACUGGGCCAUUAACGACCGUAUCGAUGAAAUAGUGAAUUUUGCUCUGCCGGGCCCUGAGGAGAGGGAGAGGCUGGUGCGGUUGUACUUUGACAGAUAUGUGCUGGAGCCGGCCACUGUAGGAAGACAGAGGAUGAAGUUGGCACAGUUUGACUAUGGUGAAAAAUGCUCUGAGAUUGCGAAGAGGACAGGUGGCAUGUCAGGAAGAGAGAUCUCCAAGCUGGGUGUGGCCUGGCAGGCGGCAGCAUAUUCUUCUGAAGAUGGGAUCCUGACAGAGGCUAUGAUUGACGCUCGUGUUGAUGACGCUGUCAAGCAGCACGUUCAGAAGAUGGACUGGCUGCUUGGAGAGGAGGAUGCCAAAACCCUUACGCCUCCCUCAGCUGGGGCGGCAACCACUGCAAGCAAAAUGGGCUUCAAUCUGCCCCGCACUGAGGCACCUGAAGCUCAGCAGGUGAUCGCUCCAAUCCUGGAGAUGAGCGCAAAGCCAGAGGUUGACACUUUACCACCUCUUUCAGACAUCAACCAGGUGAUUGCUCCAGCCUUAGCAAUGAGCGCAAAGCCAGAGGUUGACACUAUACCUCCUCCUUCAGAAAUCGAACAGGUGAUCGCUCCAAUCCUGGAGACGAGCACAAAGCCAGAGGUUGACACUAUACCUCCUCCAGAAGUCGAACAGGUGAUCGCUCCAAUCCUGGAGACGAGCACAAAGCCAGAGGUUGACGCUAUACCUCCUCCAGAAGUUGAACAGGUGAUCAUUCCAGUCCUGGAAAUUAGCACGAAGCCAGAGGUUGACACUAUACCUCCUCCUCCAGAAAUCAAACAGGGUUUACCCCACCUCUCACCCAAUGCCCCCUGGGAUUGGCUCCUUUCCCCCCUCAGACCUCUAAGGAGAUGUGGCACAGAUAAUGGAUGGAUGGUUGGAAUCCUUGAUGAAAAUGGCGUCCACUCAGUGUCGGCCCAGUGUCUUCUCCAAGUCACCAUCAUCACUGAUGAGAUGCUGUCCAACAGUAUCACGCUCAGACUGGCCAACACCUCCCAGGAGCACUUCCUCUCCCUGCUGCUUGCACAGUUUCUUGACGGCGUUGCCCGCGUUCUUUCUGCCGCCCCUGAAGACGUCGUCAUCUUCAACAUCCAAGACGACACGGACGUCAGUGCUCGCAUCCUCAAUGUCAGCUUGUCUGUGGCCGUGCCUGUGUUUGGUGAGGGACACCAGCGUCCUGGAGGCCUCAGCCAAGUCGGGGACGGGCCCGGGAGAGAGGUUGAAAGUGGAGGUGGCGAGUUUUUGGGCUCAGAGGAGCUUCAGGAGAGGUUGUAUUUGAACCGCAGCCUCCUCGCCCAGAUCUCUUCCCAGGAAGUUCUUCCCUUCGACGACAACAUCUGCCUACGAGAGCCAUGUGAGAACUACAUGAAGUGUGUGUCCGUGCUGAAGUUUGACAGCCUGGCCCCGUUUGUUGCAUCUGACACCAUCCUGUUCAGACCCAUCCACCCCAUCGCCGGCCUCCGCUGCCGCUGUCCCACCGGCUUCACGGGAGACUACUGCGAGACGGAGAUCGACCUCUGCUACUCGAAGCCCUGCGGAGCCCACGGAGUGUGUCGUAGCAGAGAGGGAGGCUACACCUGCGAGUGCUUUGAGGACUACACAGGGGAGCACUGCGAGCUGUCGUCCCGCUCUGGCCGUUGUGCCACUGGAGUCUGCAAGAAUGGGGGCUCCUGCGUCAACCUGCUGAUCGGCGGGUUCAGGUGCGACUGUCCGCCAGGAGGCUUCGAGAAGCCCUACUGUGAGAUGACCACGCGCAACUUCCCCCCGCACUCCUUCCUGACCUUCAAGGGCCUACGCCAGCGCUUUCACUUCACCCUGUCGCUCACAUUUGCCACCAAAGAGCCAAACGGUUUGUUGCUCUACAACGGCCGCUUCAAUGAGAAGCAUGACUUCAUCGCCAUGGAGAUCAUCAAUGAGCAGAUUCAGCUCACCUUCUCUGCAGGUGAAACCAAGACUACAGUUUCCCCCUACAUGCUCGGCGGCGUCAGUGACGGCCUGUGGCACGUGGUGGAGGUUCACUACUACAACAAGCCGAUCUUAAACCAGGCCGGCCUCCCGCAGGGCCCCUCGGACCAGAAGGUCGUCAUAGUGACGGUGGACAACUGUGACACCUCUGUGGCCCUGAGGUUUGGUCACAUGAUCGGAAACUACACCUGCUCUGCUCAAGGCAGCCAAACAGGAUCCAAAAAAUCUUUGGACCUGACUGGCCCCCUGCUUCUUGGAGGAGUCCCUAAACUUCCAGAAGAUUUUCCCGUUCGCAACCGGCAGUUUGUGGGCUGCAUGAAGAACCUGCGGAUUGACAACCAGCACAUAGACAUGGCCAGCUUCAUCGCCAACAACGGCACUCUGCCAGGAUGCUCUGCCAAAAGACAUUUCUGCAACAACAACCCGUGUUUAAAUGGAGGAACCUGCGUGAACCUGUGGGGCUCAUUCAGCUGUGAUUGCCCACUUGGAUUCGGAGGACAAAACUGCGAACGAGUGAUGGCCAGCCCACAACGUUUCCUGGGCAACAGCCUGUUGCAAUGGAACAACCUGGCGGCGGCGUCCGUCCCCUGGCAUGUAGAGCUCAUGUUCCGCACACGUCAGGCCAGCGCCACACUGCUACACAUCUCGUCUGGCCUGCAGCACAACCUCACACUACAG